AUGCCCUUUGAUGCGCAAUUUCAACUCCUCGCUCUCUUGCAGAAGUACCAAAUAAUGCACAUUCCCCCCGAAAACCUGGCGUUGCAUUAUUUCUGGCAUUGCGUCAUCGAUGUGGCCCCGGAUCGGCCAUUCUAUAACAUCGUCCGCCAGCGUAGAAGGGGAGGAUACUUCAUGGAGAAGAACUGCUUUUUACACACGGUUCUUCUUUCUCUAGGAUUCAAGCCAUGCAUCGCGGGCGCCAGAGUAUACGCAGGGCUUACGCACUGCCUCAAUAUUGUCGCAAUUCACGACAUUCGCUACGCCAUUGACGUGUGCUUUGGCGCCAAAGUUCCCAUACUGCUACUCAGACUCUCUCGUAAUCGAGUCCAGCAGGAUGCGUACGGUCCUGUGUGGACCAGUGUGUCUGGAUCUAUGAGCAUCGCAUCGACGACCAGGUCGCUUGGAUUCCUCAAUACUGUUUUCAAGACUUUAAAUUACUGCCUCAGGAUAUUCGGGCAUUAA